UUAUCAAACUUCAGAAGAAAACUUUUAAGUAAUAAACACUUCGUGUGUCUGCUUACUUGUACAAUAUUUAGCAUUGUAGAUGACUAGCGUAAAAGUAAAUAAAGGGGAAUUGAAACUUUUUAAUCAGUUGAAGCAAAGGUAGUGGUCGCGUCAGUUGAAAUUUAUUUUAGUAGUAAUUAACAAACGGAUGAUCCAAUAAUAUACGUAUUUUGGGUAUACAUAUACAUCUGGCCGGUUCGACAAUAUAGUACCUGUCUGAUAAGAAAAAUAUUUGAUUUAGCACACUUUAAAAAACAAGAUAUACCAUCAUGACUACCUUGCUUCCUGGAAAUAUCGUCUAUGCCGGACCAAUUACUUGCACUGAAACUCAUGCAUACAAUUCUCUAGGACAUUAUAUUCUGGAAAAAUACAAGAGUUAUGGUACCCAAACAGUAAUGAUUGACGCAGUAACCGGACAAGAGUAUACUGCUAAAUAUAUGUAUGAUUCCGUUGUGCGCAUGGCUCAUGUAUUACAGCAUUUAGGUAUCAAAGCAGGAGAUGUUGUAGGAUUGUCCAGCGAAAAUAAUGUACGUUUCGCUAUUACCUUGUACGCUUCAUUUGCCAUCAACGCUACGGUGGCUCCCCUAAACAUAACUUAUUCUGAACGCGAAGUUCAUCACGCAAUUAACUUGUCUAAGCCGAAAGUGAUAUUCGCUUCCAAGCUGACAGUAAAUGUUAUUGAAAAAGUGGCAAAAAAUAAUAGUUUCGUGAAAUCAAUUGUUGUAUUUGAACCUAGUAGUUCAAAUGACAAAAUUUUGAAUUUUGACGAGCUUAUGAAGAGUACAAAAAUUACAUCAAAAGACUACUUUGAUACGGCUCCAGCGAAUAAAAAAGAUGAUGUCGCACUGAUAGUUUGCUCCUCUGGUACCACCGGCUUGCCGAAAGGCGUGCAACUAACACAAUACAACGUUCUUACUACGCUGGAUUCGCAACUUGAACCAACAUCAAUUCCAAUGGGCGAGGUUACAUUACUCACCGUUAUACCUUGGUUUCACGCAUUUGGCUGCUUAACAUUAAUUACAACAACAGUUUUAGGAACCACCUUAGUGUAUUUACCGAAAUUUGAGGAACAUCUUUUCUUGGGAGCCAUUCAGAAAUAUCGCGUUUUAAUGGCAUUUAUGGUGCCGCCAUUAAUGGUGUUCUUGGCUAAACACCCACUUGUGGAUAAAUAUGAUUUGUCAUCACUGAUGGUUUUGCUCUGCGGUGCAGCACCACUAAGCAAGGAGACUCAGGAUUUGAUUACAGAGAGGAUUGGCGUGCCCAUCAUUCGUCAAGGUUAUGGUUUAAGUGAGUCGACGCUUAGUCUGUUGGUACAAAAUGAUGGGGCGUGCAAGCCGGGAAGUGUCGGCAGCAUUAAAUUGGGUAUUUACGGUAAAGUUAUUGACACGGAAACUGGUAGAGCUCUUGGUCCUAAUCAACGAGGCGAAUUGUGCUUCAAAGGCGAUUGUAUUAUGAAAGGUUACAUAGGGGAUACCAAAUCUACGCAAUCUAUGAUAGUUGACGGAUGGCUGCAUACCGGUGAUAUUGGUUAUUUUGAUGACGAUUUCGAAUUUUUCAUAGUGGAUCGAAUUAAGGAACUCAUUAAAUAUAAAGGUUUCCAAGUGCCUCCAGCAGAAAUUGAAGCUCUAUUGUUGACAAAUAAAAAAAUUAAAGAUGCGGCAGUCAUUGGAAAGCCGGACGAAGAGUCUGGAGAAUUACCGUUGGCAUUUGUUGUUAAACAACCGAAUGCUGACCUAAGCGAAGAUGAAGUUAUUAAAUUUGUAGCUGAGCACGCUUCGCCAGCGAAACGCUUGCGUGGUGGUGUAAUUUUCGUCGACGAUAUUCCAAAAAACCCGAGUGGUAAAAUUUUACGUCGCGAGUUAAGAGAAAUACUGAAAAAUCGUCGAUCAAAAUUAUAAAUAUUCUGCUUUGUUUAUAGAUAUAUGUACGCAGAAAUACAACCACUUGCAUUUAAUUAAUUUAUAAGAUUUAAGGUAUAGGGAGAAGCCCUUUUGCAAGGGCGAGAAAAGGAAACAAAUGUUUUCAAUUAUACAUAUGGUAAAUUCGUUUAUUGGUUAUGGGGUGAAGUUUAAUUGUAAAAUUCUGUACUAAAAACGAAUAAUUAUGUGAAUAUUUUAAUAUUGAUUAAAAAUAUAACAGGACGAAAAAGGAA